GAUACGCGACAGAUGAGUUUCGGCGCCGUCGGCGAUCGUCAUGUGUUAAAAACAUAGUAGUUACGAUUGUUGCGCGUUGUUCAUUGUUCGAUUGUAUUUUUUUUCGUUUUCUUUUGUUCAAACGCGAUUGUUUUUGACGUUUAUUUUUUAACAUGGCGACUGAAGAUAUUCUUUUGAAACCUAGGAAUCAAGAGGUUCGGGUCCAGAUAGCUCCCGCUCAACCGAAGAAAUUGACGCAUUUACCUCAAAGGCCCAAAGUGGAUCUCGCAUUCGAUGAAUUGAUCUAUAGAGUAAAACAAGGAAAAAAUGAAAAAGAAAUUCUUAAAUCGGUGAGCGGCCAAUUACGUUCUGGCGAAUUGACGGCCAUAAUGGGCCCUUCCGGUGCCGGAAAAUCAACUCUCCUCAACAUUCUCACCGGAUACAAGACAGUUGGUUUGGCUGGAAAAAUUUAUAUGAACAAAAAUGAACGUAACUUAAGUCAAUUUCGUAAACUCUCCGCUUACAUAAUGCAAGAUAACCAACUUCACGGUAAUUUAACAGUUGACGAGGCGAUGAACGUAGCUUCAAAAUUAAAAAUUGGGGAAAAGACUGCUAAAGAACGCGAAGAAAUUAUAAACGAAAUUUUGGACACAUUAGGUUUACUUGAUCAUCGAGCUACAAUGACAAGUGGGCUUUCUGGCGGGCAAAAAAAGCGUUUAUCAAUCGCUUUGGAGCUUGUUAGUAACCCACCGAUUAUGUUUUUCGACGAACCAACGAGUGGUUUGGAUAGUUCAUCUUGUUUCCAAUGUAUUUCUUUAUUAAGAACUUUAGCAAGUGGGGGAAGAACGAUUAUUUGCACAAUCCAUCAACCUUCAGCAAGAUUGUUCGAAAUGUUCGACCAACUUUACACCUUAGCUGAAGGAAAAUGCGUUUAUCAAGGUUCAACGAAACAAUUAGUACCGUUUUUGGGCACUUUAGGCCUUCAAUGUCCGUCGUAUCACAACCCGGCUUCUUUUAUCAUUGAAGUUGCUUGUGGAGAAUAUGGACCUAACACGGAUAAAUUAGUUGACGCUAUUAAUAACGGAAAGGAAGAUAUAAGAGAUGGUAAACCAUUCCCAGUAAAUAACGCCGUUUUAAAUAAUGGAAGUAAAUUUGGUGAUAACGAAAAGAAUUUAAAUGAAAAUGUUAGUGAAGAGGAUAAAUUUAAAAAAGAUGGGAAUUCUGGGGAAUUAGAUAACGCGUUGAAAAUCGUUGUUAAUGAAGUUUCUAAAGAUUCAAUGAAUGGUACUGUUGCUAAUGAAAAAGCUAAUUCUGUUGACUCAAGUUUAUUGGAACCAUCAUCAAACAUCCCCAUUCAACAACCAAGAUAUGGAAACACAGAACUUAAUCAAUUCUUCAUCAUUUUAAAGCGAGCUUUAUUAUUCAGUAGAAGAGAUUGGACUCUUAUGUAUCUUCGUUUAUUUGCACACAUUUUAGUAGGAUUCCUAAUUGGUGCCUUGUAUUAUGACAUAGGAAAUGACGCGAACAAAGUUUUAAGUAAUUUGGGAUUCUUAUUCUUCAACAUGUUAUUUUUAAUGUACACAUCCAUGACAAUUACGAUUCUAUCUUUUCCACUGGAGAUGCCCGUUUUACUUAAAGAAAAUUUUAAUCGUUGGUACUCUCUAAGAAGUUAUUAUUUGGCAAUCACUUUAUCAGAUAUACCAUUUCAAACUAUUUUCUGUGUAAUUUACGUCACAAUCGUUUACUUUAUGACAUCUCAACCGCCGGAAUUUCCAAGAUAUGGAAUGUUCUUAGGAGCUUGUCUUUUGGUCUCUUUUGUAGCUCAAAGUGUUGGGUUGGUCGUUGGAGCUGCAAUGAAUGUUCAAAAUGGAGUUUUCUUAGCACCAGUUAUGUCAGUUCCAUUCUUAUUAUUCUCUGGAUUUUUCGUAUCAUUCGAUGCAAUUCCAAUUUACUUAAGAUGGAUUACAUAUCUUUCUUAUAUUCGUUAUGGUUUUGAAGGAACAGCUUUGGCCACUUACGGAUUCAACCGUCCAAAAUUGCAAUGUUUCGUAGAAUAUUGUCAUUUUAAAUUGCCUGAAACUACUUUAGAAGAAUUGGACAUGAAAAACGCCGAUUAUAACCUAGAUGUGAUCGCUUUAAUCGCUAUUUUCCUCGUUUUAAGAAUAGCUGCUUUCUUCUUCCUUCGUUGGAAGUUGAAAUCUAACAGAGCUUAAUUAUUACACUUUCACAUUAAGAUAAAUUUAUUAAAGGUGUACUGUUUUUUUUUUUAUUUUAUUUUUAUUGAUAUAACAUGGUUUGUUUCAAAUUAGUUUAAUAUAGAGGAAAAAAUUGUUUGCUAUACGUAGGAUUUACCUUUAUUAUAACUUUUUUUAAAUAACUGUAUGUAGUUAAAUGUGUAGAGGGCUGUGAUAAGCAAAUCAAAAUUAUCCUUCACAAUAUGGUGAAUUCACCACUUGCCAGGUUUUAACCCACGACAGGGGAACUUAUUAAAAAAUGGGUUCUUUAAUGAACAAGAUAUUUAUAUUUUUAUAAAAUCAUGAACUUUUAUACUUGCCUUGUUUAUGUAUAUUAUUCGAUUGUUGUACAUUUAAAUAAAGAUUUUUUCUCUUAAUUUUA